CUAACUUCGGAAUGGGCACGGGCCGAGCAUCUUCGCCCAAUUACCAACUCCUUUCUUCGUUUUCCUAUGGACGAAUAUGACUUUGACGACGACUUUGAUGAUCAGACUUUGGCUGCUUUAGACCAGAUAGAGAAGUCUUUGUUGUCCAAAAAACACGUCUCUCCGCCAUCAAAUCCACCUGCGAAGCGAGUGAAAACGGAAACUGGAUGGCGCUCUGCCACUACAGCGGCCAAUAAUUCCUUUGACCUUGAUGAACUUCCCGAAAUUUCGUUAUGCCAAAAUACUUAUACUUUCCAGCAGACGGAUGGAUCUAAAUCACCUUCGCUCACUCCACAACCCCAGUAUCAUAAAGAGACUGAUAAACGCAUGACGAAUCGUGCUCUCGUAGCUUCCGGUUCUCGAAAUAUUUCUAGGAACAACAGCAUGCAGUCAAAUCGUCACACUGUCCCACCAAAACCUCCCGCUCCUCCAAUCCGGUCUACCCUUUUGACUCGACCAUCCGUGCAUCGGAACAAGCCACCUUCGCCUCCCUCGUCAACUCGUCGCAGAAACUCUGCCCGCUUGCUUGAACAUAUCACGAAUGCCUUAGCAACUUCCUUGCCAGAACCACCUCAGCCAUCUCUACCACAACAGCAUGUUCCUCCUACGUUAGCUGUAGCCCAGCCAACACCAGUGUCUCAGCCCGCGACGGUUUCACAUCCUGCCCUGAAGAUCAAUGAGCAGAUCGUCGCGUUUCAGAAGCAACUGGAGGAAAUGCGAUUGGAAAAUGAGAAAAUACGUGCUUUACUCAAGGAAGCCGAAGAGGCGCGCAUUUCAAAGUUCGGUGAAGUGGCCGUGUUACGGCGAGGAAUCCAAAAGACGGCUGAAGAUCAUGCAGCGCAAAUUUCUAAACUCAAGGCAGCAAAAGAAGAUGCAGAUGCCAAACAGAUGAGCACGCAGCGAGAGUUGAAAGAAGAGAUGGAACGAUUAAAGACUCAAUUCAUUUUCAAACAACACGAACUAGAAAGCAAUUCUAAAAGACCACCUAUGUCGGUACAUGCGCGAAGAAACAUUCGCGAGAUGCCCAGUUCUACACAAACACCUGUCUGGGGCACUCGCGCAACUGGAAUAUCUAACCGAAUUCUGCCACCACAGUCGACACCCGUCAGAGCUCCGUCCUCAAUUCCUCGCCUUCCGCAAUUUAGAUCACCUGAAAAGACCCGCCAAACCGCGAUGCUUCCGGGAUUCGAAAAUUCCUUCCUGGAGUCGACCCCGAAACGUCAAUCAGAAAAGGGAAAGGCGGCCAUUAAAUCAGAGAUACACCAACCAUUAUUUGCAGAUGAGUUGCGUGCUCGCGAUGUACAUCUCAACAUUCCUGCACGAACAGUCCUGGACGACGAUCUGGGGAUGGAUAUCGAUGUUCCACCAAAAUUUUCUCAAAUAUCGGUUCCGAAAGAUGGACCAACAAGUUCACCGAUUCGUCAAGAUGAUGACGACGUCGAAAUGGACGAGGAAGAUGAUGAUGACACUGAUGAAGAAUUUGUAGAUGGGAUACAUUUUCACUGGAAAGCUGAGCUGGCCCGUGUCGUACUCACUCAUACACAUCCGUCUCAAUCUCUAUCCACCUUUCAAAUCCUUGCCGAACAAUCGACUACUGUAUCUGCGUCGGACGACUAUUCCUCUCAGAUGUCACGGAUUCUGGAGGUUAUUGCUAGCCCGUCUGUAGAGGACGAUUAUGACAGAGAAAUCUCUGUCGUAACUCAAUGCCUAAUCUCAAUGGCCUGUGCUCUAAACAAUUCCAAACUAAUCUCGCCAUUAGUGCCUUUGCUAAACUUACUAUCAACCUUAAUAUACUCACUUCCAUCAUUCAGUUCAACGGUGCUAUACGAGUCCGCUGAAGCCGACAACAACUCGAGCGUUCUGGUAUUGUUAUGUGACAUCAUUAAGCAGCAACUCACUGUUGAGAAUCAUUCAGAUGUCACGCUGCCUGUGGCCGCUGAAGUAUUGUCACUGGCAGAGUCGCUAUGCUGGCGAACGCCCGAGGAUAAUGUCGAUAAGCUAAACGUUGUUGUUCGCAACCCGGACAUUCUAACUAUCCUUCUGGAUCACUUGCAGCCCUGCUGGUUUUUAGUGCGUGCAACCCGGCUAUUGGCUCUCAUGUUCAUUCAUCCGCAAUUGGCUCGUUCUUUUUUGUCACUCCCCACUCCGGAACUCGUUGAAGGCAAUCAUUCGGUAAACAUACCGAAAAUUCCUCAGCUUGACCGCCUGUGCUUCUUCCUCGUAGAUACAUCUCGUUCUGAUGAAGAGUCCGUAGCACUCAAGGAAAACGUAGCAACUGUACUAGCAGUCCUGUCUCAAGCUCAUCCAGAUACUCUCAAUACCCUCGCUUCUUCCAAUGCCGUCAUCCCCUCACUCAUAUUAUAUCUCACGCAUUUGAGUUCUGCGAUAUGGGAAGAAACCGAAUCAUUAAUUUCUUCACCCCCAUCUCUCUCUUCGACGAUCAAAUCACUAAACCAAACCAUUCAUUUGCUCCAUUACCUGGUUUUUAGUGUGGAUCCAGAAGUGGGACUCAAGUUGAAACUACAACACGCCUCGUCAAGGCCAUUCAAUGGAGUCACACAUAUGUUCAUCAUUACUUUUGGCAGACUAAGUUAUGCACCGAUUCCUGAUUGGAUCGAAUCGGACCGAGAAUACGAGCUUUCAGCGAUACGAGAUAUGGCAAGAGAUCUUCUGGACUUGGUUGUUGACGGUCCUGAAUGCGACAAUAUUUAUGCGGCGUAUCAUGACGAGGAAGAAGAUGAAGGAGAGAUGGAGGAAGAAUUACUUGGUGAUACCUAAUUAUUUCCAUAACUGAUUGUUUCUAUCAUCUAAAGCAGAAGUAAGUCCGUCUGACCGAUGGUAUAUUGCCACAACUGUCAAUUUCCCUUGAGUGUGAAACCGAAA